CAUAGAUUUACAUAUAUUGUGUCAUAGCACAAGCACAUGAUUGAGACCAAGAUAGAGUUGACCCAAACCUCAUGGCAUCUUCCUCACUCGUCUAUCGAAAAAAUUAAACAAAUCCUUCCACAUUUAAACUUGCAGGCCUCUAAUCACCUCCUUGAACCUUCCAUUUACAUACUACAAAGUACAAUCUCUCUUUCUCUCUCUCUAAGAUUUUUGUAUUUUGACUAGUCAACUUCUGCAUCCUUCUAUCUUUCUGUACAUUCGUCUUUUAAGCUUUCAAGAUCCAGAUUUCACCGAUUCUUUUUCUUUCGUCAGAUAAGCUUCUAUGAUGUCUUAAUCUUUGUACCUCUGCAAACCCUUUUGAUCUUUCUUUGAUUCUUAGAUCUUUUGUCUGCAAAAUCGCAAAAUCCCAUCAGGGAUUUGUGGAUUUAGCUUCAAGAAAAUGGCACCAAGUUCUGUGGUAGUCACAAUAGACAAACCAAGCAACAUCUCGUUAGUAGAAGUCGAUGAUUCAGAAACAUCUGUGUUUCUUGAGAAGCAAAAAACAGCAAGCACGAAACAGUUUUCAUGGCUGCUUUUACUCAAAGCUCAAAGAAUCCUCUCUUUCUUUCCAUGGUUAGCAAUGGGGGUUUCCAAGACUUUUGUUUCUGUUAAAAAGCGCAUUGCUUUAUCAGAUUCAAGCAAAGAUGAAGUCAAAUAUAAAGAGAAGAUUAUGUACAAAUUCAUAAGAGUAUUUCUUGCUAUUUCUAUUGUCGCUUUGGUUGUUGAAAUCAUUGCUUAUUUACAAAAUUGGGAUUUGAAACUUAUACCAUCAGAAGCUAUGGGACUUGUACACUUGUCUUACAUGUGUUGGAUUUCAUUCAGAGCUGAUUAUCUUGCUCCAUCCAUCACUAUGUUGUCUCAAUUCUGUGUUUUGCUUUUCAUGAUUCAAUCUCUCGAUAGAUUCAUACUUGGGAUUGGGUGUUUUUGGAUCAAAUUGAAGAAAAUCAAGCCAGUGAUUGAUGAUCAAUCUUACGACAUUGAAGAUCCUUCGUCUUUCCCCAUGGUUCUUGUUCAGAUCCCCAUGUGCAAUGAAAGAGAGGUGUAUCAACAAUCAAUCGCAUCUGCUUGCCAAUUGGAUUGGCCAAAAGACAGGAUUUUGAUUCAAGUUUUGGAUGAUUCAAGCGAUGAACUUUUACAGAUUUUGAUAAGAAACGAAGUGAAUUCAUGGAAAGAGAAAGGAGUGAACAUCAUCUACAGACACAGAUUCGUUAGAACAGGAUACAAAGCUGGAAAUCUUCAUUCAGCGAUGUCUUGUGAUUAUGUCAAAAACUAUGAAUUUGUUGCCAUUUUAGAUGCAGAUUUUCAACCUAAUCCUGAUUUCCUUAUACUGACAGUUCCGCACUUUAAGGGGAAACCGGAUUUGGCUCUUGUUCAAGCAAGGUGGUCAUUUGUAAACAAAGAUGAAAACUUACUCACAAGACUACAAAACAUCAAUUUGUGCUUCCAUUUUGAAGUUGAACAACAAGUGAAUGGACACUUUCUCAAUUUCUUUGGGUUCAAUGGAACAGCGGGUGUUUGGAGGAUUAAAGCUUUGGAAGAAUCGGGUGGAUGGCUUGAAAGAACAACGGUUGAAGAUAUGGAUAUUGCUGUUAGAGCACAUUUGAAUGGAUGGAAGUUUAUUUAUCUUAAUGAUGUUAAAGUUCUUUGUGAAUUGCCUGAGUCUUAUGAAGCUUAUAAGAAACAACAACAUCGAUGGCAUUCGGGUCCUAUGCAACUUUUUCGUCUUUGCCUUCCUGCUAUCCUUUCCUCCAAGAUAUCAAAGUGGAAAAAGGCAAACAUGAUCUUCUUGUUCUUUCUUUUACGAAAACUAAUUCUACCCUUUUACUCCUUCACCCUCUUCUGUGUGAUUCUUCCAUUAACAAUGUUCAUACCCGAAGCCGAAUUACCAAUUUGGGUCAUCUGUUACGUACCUGUGACAAUGUCAAUCUUAAACAUUCUCCCAUCACCAAAAUCAUUCCCAUUCUUGAUGCCAUACUUGUUGUUUGAGAACACAAUGUCAGUAACCAAAUUCAAUGCCAUGGUCUCUGGUCUUUUCCAGCUUGGAAGUGCAUACGAAUGGGUAGUCACUAAGAAAUCCGGGAGAUCAUCGGAAUCAGAUCUUUUGGCAUUUGCAGAAAGGGAAUCGAAAAGCUUCAGUGAAGACAAGAUUCAGAGACGUUUGUCUGAUUCCGGACUUGACAUGCUUGGGAAAUUGAAGGAACAAGAGAUUCCGGUUGUUGUUGUUGAGAAGAAGAAGAACAGGAUUUAUAGGAAAGAACUUGCACUUGCGUUCCUAUUGCUUACUGCUGCUACAAGAAGUCUUUUAUCGGCUCAUGGAAUCCAUUUCUAUUUCUUGUUGUUUCAAGGGUUGUCGUUUCUUGCUGUUGGGUUGGAUUUGAUUGGGGAACAGGUAAACUGAAGGAAUGAAAGAAAGUGAAGAGUUUGGUGAGAUGAAUCGGGCGUUGGUACAUAAGGAGAGUGUCCAGUUGGAUAUAGAAUGAUAUAUCGGAGUUGGGUUUUUUUGUUUGGGUUAUUGUAUAAUUAAUCACACAAGUUUUAUUAAUUCUUCGAUCGUUGUUUAGUUAAUAGGAGUUGAUACUUACAGGAGGCGAUCGUUAUAU